CACCAUUACCCACCAAGGCGCUUUAAACGAAUCGCACUAACUUUUGUAUAAAAUUAGGAUUAAAAAGUGAAAAUAAGGAGAAAAGCAAAAUGGCACACUUCGUGCACAACCCAUCGGAACAGAACUACUAUUUCAAGAACAGCAUUGCCUACACAGAAGACCACAUUCCAGUGCAGAAGCUCUACGUGUUCAAGAUCCCAAUUGAACUGAAUAAAACUAUGCUUUAUUCGCACUUCUCGAAUUAUGGGCGCAUUUUGCACAUGCAACUCUCGGGGAACAAUAGCGGUAGACGUGUCAUUGGUAGAUCAAACCGCUUCCAAUACAAGACUGGCUGGGUUUUCUACGAGAAGACAUUGGACGCUGCCAAACCCUUGCACAGCCGUAUACACCAUGUAAACGGGCUUCGAUUCAAUGUGCAAGCCAGUGACAGCUGGCACCAGCCAGAUGCCUACGGAGCAGACGCCUGCUCCUACGCCCAGGAGGCGGAGGCGGAGCAACUGUAUCCGCCAAUUUUGAAUCUCAACGAUCACUGCUUGGAGAUGGUGAUGCGGUAUCUCCCGAUGCACGAACAGAUGGUCUUCGCGCGUACAUGCCUACGCUUCCGUGCUGUCUACCAGCAGGCCACGUCCAGACUUCACAAAUCUAUUAAUUUGAACGACUUUGAGAAGCUCACUGUGUGGGACCUUCGAGAAUUUUUCAAACUAUCUGGAACGUAUGUUCAGCACAUAACCGGCGUGAUUCCGCCGAUGCGCUCUCAGCGCUUUUACGAAUUUCUUUCGGCCAAUUGCUUGAAUUUGAAAACCCUAACACUGCACAACAGCCCGCUGACACCGCGAAACAUGGUCAAGAUCUUCGCCAAGAUGACAAAGCUGGAGGUGUUGGAGCUGCCUCAAAAUAUGCUGACUGACGAGGGUAUCUCGGCCCUCGAGAACUGUCGCAGCCUGAAGACGCUCAAUAUUGCUGGCAACCCAAUUAUCGGAGCAUCCCUAGUCAAACUAUCCCCAACCAUUGAAUCUCUGACGCUCUCCGAUUGCCGUCGCUUUCAGGGACAACAUCUGUCCAACAUCUGCAAGGUGUUCACCAACCUAAAGACCUUGAACUUGAACAUUGACACAAUGAGCUUUAACGUCUUUCAAACGAUGAUCAAGGAGAACUCGGGCGCCUCUUUGGAGGUGCUGCGCAUAAGCGCCGUGGAGACGUUCGAGUACGUGGCCCAGCUGCCAAACCUCAAAAGCUUGACCAUCUAUAUCAGCCUGCCUUGCCGCACAUUGCGCUUGGAGCUUUUCCAGCAGCUGGCCGAGCACAAGGCCGAGAAGCUGGAGCGCCUAGAGGUGUGUGGAGGCUCCGGCUUGUCCCCGGGCAUCUUUCCUCAAAUUGCCAAACUAAGAGGCCUGCGCACUCUUAUCCUACCCGAUAUCCGGGCCAUGUCUGACAAUGACCUGACGACGUUUUCAAGCCUCAAAAUGCUGGAGCAGAUCAACCUAAAGUACAGCCACCUGCACGACUCCUCGGUCUUCUUUCUCUUUGACUCAUGCCCCAAGCUGCACACCCUCUGCCUAGACAAUUGCGAAUGCAUUACCGAGAAGCUGGUGCAUGGAAUCAUCAAGAAAUUGCGCGCGGACAUUGACAACAAGGAGAAUCAACGCAGCUUGCCAGUUCAGCUCUGUGUGUCGGAGACAAAAAUCAACACUCUUAUCAAGCAUCAUCCCGAUGUCAAGCCCAAAGAUAUCCUCGAGGUGAAGCACUAUUGCGAUUGUCACUAUGAAUCCAGCGUCGGGUUUCGAGGCUUUGACGUUGAGCUGGACGAUCUGGGUGAUCUGGGCGAUCUGGGUGAUCAGGACGAAGAUGUGGACAGCGAUGUCGAGUCGGACGAUUACAGCGAUGAUGAUUUCGGUUUCAUAAGCAGUGACGACCUCGAAGACCCCGACAAUGAGAUUGGCUACCAUCCACCCGGAUGGUCCUUCAUGUCCGCAUAAAUAAUGCUACUGCUGCUGCUAUUAUAAUGUAAAUUUUUCAACUGUUAUCCUUUAGAUUGAUCUGCCACAUCGCUGCAUUGAAUUUGAUUAAUUUUAACACACGUUGGGGUUCAGGAAUUUCCCCACUGUUUAAUUUCAUAAUUAUACUUACUUAUUUUGGACAAAUAAAGAAGUUCGAAUGGACAAUCGUA